UAUAAAUGUAUUUGUCAUGUUUCUCCUGAUGUCUAAUCAACUUGGCCUGCGUACACGUUAAGUUUGUUUAGAACUGUCUUUUCUACAUUACAUCCCGACACACUCUUUCUUCUAUGUGGUACAAAUGGUUUUGAGUGUUGACCGUAAAAAUAUAUCAAAAGGUUUGCCGAGAUUUUGCUUCCUUACAUACGUCACGCCUGAUGUGUUGGAGCAUUGUGCCACAUUAAUGUCUUACGGAAAGUGCAUACACGAGGGCCACUCUUCUGAUUUUCUUUUACUUAUUUAUUUUUCUCGUUUAUUUAUUUUAAAACCAGGGGCCCAGUGACAGUCCCCAGAUUUUUUGACUAGUCACGAACACGCACGUACAUGGCUUGUCAUCUUAGGUAAUGUUUCAUUAUAGUCGAGUAAGACUGGGCAUGAAUCUCGCAUUUGCAAAUAAUUUCUGACAUUCUUUAAUAAUGUUGAAUCCGGCGUAAUGUAUCUUAUACCUUUUCAUUUAAGUGGUAUUUUUUGUGAGCGACGAAUUGCUUUGUAAUCGGCCCCUGUCACCUUCAAGUCGGCAGUUGUGAGUUUUCCUACAGGUGAAGAAUGCAACUUGCGCCCUCCCUUUGAAACUGAGCAUGCGCGUUAUAUGUUGUAAACAAUGAGACUAUUCCAGACCGUCUUAAGCUUUGUGUGUUAGUAACAGUUUACCUGUGCAAAACUUAGCGGGUUUCCACAGCUAUGAUUAUGUUUAAUAAUAUGUUCCUCGGUAAGUACGGGGACACGUGUAAAUAGUUGUCAUCGCGUGCACUUGCAUUUUUAUCGGCAUCAUGGUCACAUAUCAAAUUUGUUACGGUGCAGUCCGAAAACCCAUCUCGAAUGACAUACUUGGGCGUGACAGCAUACGAAGAAACAAAUUGUAACUAUUUAACCAGUCUUCUGUGGGUUUGUAGUGGUCGGUAUUUCAGUCCUAGUCUCGUGCCUUAACACAUGUACAUUUUCAACGGAGCUGUUAUCUUGCUGUUAGCUUUCCAAGGCACACUCCACGGCUUCCAGAGCUGACUUGCUGAUUAGCAAGCUAGCCAGCGUAGGCUAGUACAACUUUGUUGUCGUUGAGUCUGUAAAGACAAAACAUGAAAGGGAAAAAAAUCUAAUUUAAAUAUCUCAAUUAGUCCACAUGCAGCAUCAUUAGGAUAAUUUUCUUAAAACAAAAAGAAGAAAAAAACAAGACAAAAAUCAAUUGGAAAAAUAAGUUGUGUGCCUUUUUAAGCUAUUGGAUAGCAAAUAUCUCCUAUAGAAGUUUGUCAUAUUUUAUAACUUUUAUUAUAUAAAAGAGGAACAUCAUUUAGAUGUUUGUCUAAGCUGAAGGCUGUUAGAUUUUGAGGAAUCAAUUGGAAUGUGAUGACUCAGGUUUCAACAUUGACAAAAUUUUUGUGGAUGUGCUAAAGUUCAGUGUAUAAUGACACAUUAGAAUCCCUAGUUAUUUAAUCCAACACAAGUAUACAAUGUUGAACAGAGGUCACAUUUCCUUACAUUCUGCUUGUUUAGUUUUUGAAUGACUGCUGGUCAUAACUGUUUGAGUGUUAGGUGUGUUACAGGGAGCUGAAGAAUGGAGGCGGUUUUAAGCAGGCUGAGGGGGCUAAGUGCUGCUGAGCUGUGUGAGGAGUUUGCUCGAGCAGACCUCAAAUGUGGACCCAUCACAUCUACCACCCGAGCCACAUAUGAAAGGAAGUUAGCCCGCAUCCUUGUGGGGCCAGAGUGCAGUGCCACUGAAACGGACGGUAGUUAUUCAGCAAACAUCUCAGACAGUGCAGCCGAUCAUGCCAAAGCUGUGUCAUGUGCCACCUCAUCAGCUGCACCCGCAACUGCAGCAACAAGUAGUAGCUCCUCUGAGACUGUCACAGAAGAGUUGGACUUUGGCUAUGGUGUCGGUCUAAACCCUCCAGAUGAAGAGGAGAUUUCAGAAAAGAUGACCUCUAACAGCUCUGCUGAAUGCAGUAACUCUCAGUCCAAAACUGAAACUCCUUCAAAACCAGCACAAGUGUCUCAAACCUUUUAUGGAGUAUGCCCACCGUGGGAGGAUGUCUUAGCUAGAAAUGAGGGAGCACAUGUAUACAUGGACAAGAAAGAUGCGCUUCAAGCUGUAAAGAUGAUGAAGGGAGCUCGAUUCAAAGCUUUUUCCAACCUUGAAGCUGCAGAGAAGUUUGCAAAGGGAAUCUGUGACUAUUUCCCUUCUCCCAGCAAAUCCACACCCUGUGUAUCUCCUAUCAAGUCUGGUCUGGUCAUCGGUAAAGCAGAAAAUGUUGAAGUUGAUACCAUCAACAGGGAGCGGGCCAACAGUUUUAAGAGCCCACGCAGCCAGGACUUGACAGCCAAACUAAGGAAAGCUGUAGAGAAGGGGGAUGAGUUAGCCUUCAGUGAACUUGUCUGGAGCAAUCCACGCUAUCUCAUUGGCUCAGGAGAUAAUCCCACUGUUGUCCAGGAGGGCUGCCGGUACAAUGUCAUGCACGUGGCGGCCAAGGAGAAUCAAGCCAGGAUUGCCCAGCUGCUGCUUGAUACUUUGGAAAACCCAGAGUUCAUGCGCCUGAUGUACCCAGAUGACCAGGAAAUGAUGCUGCAGAAACGAAUCCGCUACAUUGUAGAUCUUUACCUCAACACUCCAGAUAAGGCCGGCUUUGAAACACCACUUCACUUUGCCUGUAAGUUUGGUUGCCCUGAUGUGGUCAAUGUCCUGUGCUCGCAUCCUGACACUGAUAAGAACUGCAAGAACAAGGAUGGCCAAAAGCCUUGUGAUCUUAUUUGUAGCAGAAAAAACAAAAGCCAAGAUGUUAAACAGAAGAUAAGUGAAUACUUGGAGGACCGCUGCUAUAUCCCUUUGCUGAGGGCAACCGACAACACCUCUCAGCCCAUCAUUGGUGCUCCAUGGUCACCUGAAACCUCAGAGAACCUGUCACUGAUCCAGCAGCACACAAGAGGUCCCAUGGAUCCUUUGAUGACUGUCACUGCCUUUGCUGGCCCGCUGAGCCCAUCCAAAGCAGAUGAUUUCCGUCGGUCCUGGAAGACACCGCCCAGAGAUAGGGCAGAUCUUUUCCACAACAUUCUUAAGUCAGAUCCUGAUCGAGGGGCAGAGAGAGUGGGCAGAGACCUUGCUCAUAAGAUGGGUCACCCCUGGGCUGAAUACUGGGGCUUCAUGGACAGUUUUGUGGAUUUGUCAUCUGCUGAGGGGCUUCGCAAGCUAGAAGAGUACCUGAGUAAGAAAGAUUUCAGCCCACGGACUCAAGAGGGGACUGGAGAAAAUGAAACCAGGAACAGGUUUAAAACACCCUCUCCAGGCAAGCCCAAAAAGUUCUGCAACUCCAUUUCUGUUGGUGCCUUUCUGGAUGAGGGUGAUGAUAUUAGCCUUGAAGAGAUGAAAAACCGGCAAAACGCAGCACUUACCAGCAUCACCUCCUCUGCAACAUCCAAGGACGCCCUGAAAGGAGCUGUGGGUGGCCGUGAGUUUCACAUUGCACUGCAUCACCGUGGAGCAGACCUGAUCGAGACAGCUGCUGAGCAGGAUCUUCUGUGCUGCUGUGAUGAUGGCCUCCUGUCGCCAGGUGUGGCCUGCAAAAACGGGGUGUGCUCCUCCACCAGAGAUAGGACUCGUAAUGGAGAUAAGGUGUCCCCGCGCACCUCCCCAUCCUCUGCCUGCUUGCUGUCGCCCAUCUCCAAUCUCAUGAUGGAGUUUGAGCGCAUGUCACUGCAAGAGCCACCUGACAGUCCCACAAGCUGCAGACAGAGAAGCAACAGUGGCGGCAGUAGGAACAAGGAACUCCGGGACUCCUACAGCUCCUCCUCAGAUACAGACCUGAGUUCUGGGCUGAACCGUCUGUCUGUCAGUCAUAGCAGUCAGGACAAAGAAGCUGUGGAUGGGGCAGGCAGGAGAACAGAGGGAGGGGGUGCAGAGGAGAGGCACAGCAGUGGCAGCUCAGAGGAGUACUUUGAAGCAGAAGAGAGUCUGGAGGUACCAAGUAGGACUAGGGGCUCAGUGUCAGGGGUGCGUAACUUCUGUGCAAGGUCCAAGUCAUGGGACCAUGGAGGCAGGGAUUUGAGCAGCUCGGGAUCCUCUGGAUCCUCUUACAAGUCCUUAGAUAACUCCCAUGAGUUCUUACCCAGGACCCCACCGCACAUUAGAAGAGGACUUUUUAUUGAAGGGGAUUCACCAACCAAAUUGGACAGAGAUGUCCUGUCAGCAAUAGAGGCCGUAGAUGUCGACCCCCAGAGGUAUCCCAGCAUACAUAAGUGGAAGAGCACAGUGAAGUCAUACUCUGUGUCGGACAUGCAGAGCUGGCCUAGCCCUGCAGUAAAACCCCGUCUCAGGAUGCAGCAUCAGCCUCCGGGCUCCCCACUCAGUGGCCUGAUGUCUCCCACAGGUCGUUUCAGCCCUGUCUGCCAAGCUGCCUCUCCAGACUUCAGCCCUAGCCGUUACAGCCCUGCCAGUGUUAGUUACAUCCAGCGCAUCCGCCUGAAGCACUUAAACGAGCAACUUCACUGACUGCCCUCCUCUUCCUGCGCCUACUCUGCGGGUAUUAUUUCUCCGAAUCCCACCUACCCUCUCUUGCCACAAGCCCAGCUGCACCACGGUCACAGCACCAGAGCUCAGAAACCAUAAACCUGACAGAAAUAUGCACAAGUGUCUGGAAGAUUUGUAUUGAUAAAGUAUGGUACUACUCCUAUGAAUUCUCAUCACAUUAGGAUGUGAUGUCAAUUCAAGACUUUAAAAUAAAAAAAAAAAAAAAAAAAAAAAAAAAAAAACCUUGGUAAUGUAUGUACUGUAUGGAUGUGGACCAUGUUGAAUUAAUGGUAAUGUUGUGUCAAGUGUGAAACACCUGUCUCAUAGCCUGAGUCAACUUUUUUGAAUAUUGUGAAGCCACAUUUCCCAAAGUUAGUUGGUCUUUAAAACCGUAGUGCUGAAUCCUAAAUGGGGUUCUGUCACUGAAGAUCUUGUUUUAAAAAAGAAAAGAAAAGGAAAAAAAAGAGAAAAAUUUCACUAUUUUAAAAUUUAUUUUUUUGUAUGUUGGUCAGUAGCACAAAAGUUAAAUGUUUUUAUUAAUGGUGUUAAAACCAACUGCCAUUUCCUAUUGUUUUUCCUCAGUUCAGGAAUUGCCUUAAUUUUCUGAAGUGAGGGACCAGUUCUUUCGCAUCCCUAGCUCGUAAAUGAAAUGUAUGAGAAAUGGAAAAACCUGAGAUCUUCCGUGUUUUUUUUAUUUUCUUCUUUAAUAAAUGCGUACAUUUUCCAUGCUUUCUUGUAGUUGCUGGACAUGUCUAAACUUUUAAAUUUUGCCACUAACAGCGGCCUUAAACUGUGCCACUUUCUUUUUGUGUAUUCUCAGAAAUACACUAUAUUGCCAGAAGUAUUGGCUCACCUGCCUUGACUCUCGUAUAAAGUUAAUAGACAUCCCAUUCUCAAUCAGAUGAGUUCAGUAUGACGUUGGCCCACCCUUCACAGCUUAACAGCUUCAGCUAUUCUGGGAAGGCUUUCCACAAGGGUUAGUUGUUUUUAUUUUAGGAAUUUUUGACCAUUCCUACAGAAGUGCAUUUGUGAGGUCAGACACUGAUGUUGGACGAUAAGGCCUGGCUCUCAGCCUCCACUCUACAUCAUCUCAAAGUUGUUCUGUCGGGUUGAGUUCAGGAUUCUGUGCAGGCCAAUCAAGUUCAUCCACACCUAACUCGCUCAUCCAUGUCUUUACGGACCUUGCUUUGUGCACUGGUGCACAGUCAGCUCCUGAAAAACAGCCCUAAACCAUAAUCCCCCCGCCAUCAAACUUUACACUUGGCACAAUGCAGUCAGACAAGUACCGUUCCCCUGGCAACCACUAUACCCAGACUCUUCCAUCAGAUCGCCAGAUGAAGCACGAUUUGUCACUCCAGAAAACGCAAACUGACCCAGAGUCCAGUGGCAGUAUUCUCUACACCACUGCAUCUGACGCUUUGCAUUGCUUUUGGUGAUGUAUGGCUUGGAUGCAGCGGCGGAAACCCAAUAACCCAAUCUAUGAAGCUCUCGUUGCUCUGUUCUUUAGCUGCUCUGAAAGCCGCGUGAAGUUUGCAGAUCUGUAGAAAUCGACUUUGCAGAAAGUUACUCUCCUUUGCGCACUAUGCGCCUCAGCAUCCGCCAACCCGGCUCAGUCAUUUUAUGAGGCCUACCACUUUGUGGCCGAGUUGCUGUUGUUCCCAAUGGCUCCCACUUUGUUAUACCUAGUUGACUGGAAUAUUUAGAAGGGAGGAAAUUUUACAACUAGACUUAUUGCACAGGUGGCAUCCUGUCACAGAACCAAGCUGGAAGCUCCUGAGAGAGACCCAUUCCUUCACAAAUGUUUGUAGAAACAGUCUGCAUGCCUCAGUGCUUGUUUUUUUAUACACUUGUAGCCAUGGAAGUGAUAGGAACACCUGAUUUCAUUUGGGUGGACGAGUGAAUACUUUUGGCAAUGUAGUGUAUUUGUUAAACGUGUCCUGUAGUGUAUGAAUGAUGACACACCUAUCAGUAAAGUGUUAUUUUGAUUUGGUUGAAGCAGAACCUAACCCAGCCUGAGAUCACCUUAAAGCUGUACAGUGAUUUUUUUUUUUUAAGUCACUACAGGACAGAGAGACUCAAACUAAUUAAACAGCAACACAAUCCAGACCUAUCUAGUAGCUUUGGUCUAUUAAGAUAACAGAAACUGCCUUAUGCUUUCAGAGAACACAGAUGAUUAGAUGAGAGAAUUCCCAGUACUUGUACGCCAUUUUGCAUUGCAAGUGUUAAUUUACAAAAUAGUGUUUUAACAGUUUUAAUGCCCAAACAUUGUUGGGAAUUACUCUUGGCUUGAAAUCGGCUUGCGGUGAAUUUGUCUACAUGUUACAGGUUCUUGAAGUUACUAAAAACCUGAUAAGGUGAGUGGUGGAAUGUGAAAAAUCCUUUUGUAAAAUUAAGAUAUGUAGGGACAAAUUCUAUGUGUUUUUAAGAAGCUCAGUUAUGUCCAGAGGGAAAAGCCAAUUAUCUUGAGUAUUCAAAUUGCCACUCCUGAGUUACAACAAAUGUUCUGAAUGUAUUUUUAUUUUUUGUGAACUAAAUUUUUUAUCUGAGAGCACAACUUCCUUCAACUGAGAAGAUUGUAUCGUCGUCCUCGUGCUCUCAGGUAACAGAUCAAAUUCUGUUCUUUGAAUGUUUAUGAAUGUGGAAUUUUGCAAAAAUGCACCUAAAAACUUAAAACAUGCUUCUUGUGCUUUUAGCGUUCUGUGCUUUAUUAAAAUAAACUUUCAUGGUGAAUUCUUUCUGUAUGUCUAGACUUAAUUUGCUUUAAACUAAUCAAUAAAUCAUCACGCUUGUUACUUGUGUAUGAGUUUUUCCAGUAAUUUCAGUGGCUGUCAUAUUAAAAAAAAUG